AUGGCCGAGCGAUUCAGCAGAUUAAGCGACAAGGAAAAGAAGAAGAAAAGUGCCGACCUUUCUCGGUUCCUAAAUAAGAAGGCAUCGUCGGAAAACAACAAGAAAGUGUCGGAGGCUUCUUUGGAAAGUCGUGUAGGGAUGUUCAAAGAAGAGAAGUUUGUUGAGGAUCAAACGAAUGUGGUUUCAACAAUGAUCAAUGUCGGUGGGUAUGAGGAUCAGAGCUUUUGGGAUAAUCUCUAUAAAGAAGAUGCGUUUGGACUUAAUCACGGCUUCUUUCUAGACAACAACAACUUUCAAGCCAACACCACCACCGACGAUUACAUGAUCGAUGGUACGUUCACUCAAUUGCCCAACUCUGCUCCUCCAAGCUUUGAGCAACUUUCGAUUCCGCACUAUAAUCAAGAUUGUGGUAAUGAUUCUUACAUGGAUUUAUUGUUAUUACCUGCGGAGGAAGAAUUGAGAAGCUGGAUCGAUGAUGAUCUCUUAGAUACUUUGCUGCAAUAA